UCCGUCAAGCGUUUUGCAUUUUCUUUCGUCGAAAAAAAGGCGCAAUUUCCAAUUGAUUUUCGAGUAAAUAAGAAAGCAGCAUGUCCGACGCCGAGCUCGAACAGACGCGCGUUGGCCACGUGGAGGAGCAGCAGCAGCACCAGCAGCAGCGGCAGCUGGACGAGGAGAAGGAACAAGAGCCGGAGCAGCCGUCGGAGGAGGGCUCUAGGUAUGUUUACUCAAUGGACGCGGGACCGCCGCGGACGCCGGUUCAGGAUGCGGCGGCUGAGUUGACCGCCAGCCUAGAUGUCAGCGGCUCCGAUCAGUCGGCGGAUCAGUCCCUGGACCUCAGCAACAACACACAAACGACGGAGACGUCCGCCGAGGGCGAGCCGCCCAGCAAGCGGGAACGACGCGACACCAGUCCCAGCAAUACCUCCAGUUCAUCCAGCGGCGGCGGCGGCAGUAGUUCACGCUAUGAUGACAUCAGUGAGGUGGAGGAGGGCGAGCAGGAGACGCCACAGCAGCAGAGGCCACCGGAGCCGCUGGAGGAACCGCUGCAAGAGCAAAUAAUAGAGCAGGAGCCGCCGGAACAGGAACAGACAUUGGAGCAGAAAGGAUUAAUGGAGCAGGAACAAAUAAUGGAGCCGGGGCACGAACAAGAACUGCAGCCCGAGCCAGAGCCCGAGCCGGAGCCAGAGCAGGAGGCGGAGCUGACGGAAACUCAAGAGGAGGAACAAGUGCCGGAGCCGCAGCAAGGCGAGGAAGUAAUGCAGGAACCAAAUCACGCAGAGGAACAGGAGCCAGAGGCUGAAGUCGAGGUGGGACACGACAUGGAAACCGACGACGAGCCCUCCUCGAGUACGGUGAUUCAUGUGGCGGCCACCGGCUACACUGUCGAUCCCGAUGCCCCCACCAAAGCCAUUGUCACCGAGGUGGUCACCAUACCGGCGCCGCUGGGCUUCAAGGCGCUGGGCAAACUGCCAACGGAGGUCCCCGAGACUCCCGACUCGCCGACGGACGAUGGUGGCGAAGAGCCGCCGCCGUACCUGCAGGCACAGGUGCAACAGGCCCUCAUGCCGCUCCGCCUGGCAUUGCGAGAUCCCCGCCAGCGCAACAUGCCGCCGCCCAUUCAGCCACCACCGCCACCUCCGUCCGCGUCGUCAUCGGCGUCGCUGCCCAACCGGACGGCGCUCGGGGCCAAUGUCGAGACCAUUUCGAGCGACAGCAGCGAGGAGACUUGCAGUGACGAGGACGAGGAGGAGGAAGUGGAGGACGAGGAGGACGAGGAUGAGGACGGCAUGACCGUGGAGCACGACAGUACCACCUCGGAGACCAUGACCACAGUGAUAAGCGGCGAUCCCAUGAUGCAGAAGAUAGAUGUAAGUGAGGACCCCGAGAAGAUCUACUACAUAAGGCGGGAUGACGGCACCGUCCACCGUGGCCAGGUGCUGCAGUCGCGGACGACGGAGAACGCGGCCACGCCGUACGAGUACUAUGUGCACUAUGUCGGCCUAAAUCGGCGCCUGGAUGGCUGGGUGGGCAGGCAUCGCAUAUCGGACAAUGCCGACGAUUUGGGUGGCAUUACGGUGAUGCCACAGCCACCGCUGGCCUCGGACCAGCCCAGCACCAGCCGGGAGAUGCUGCAGCAACAGCAGCAGGCAGUGGCAGCGGCGGCAAGCAGUGCCGGCUCCGCCCAGCGGCCGAACCGGUCGGGACUCAACCGGGACUACUAUCUGUCGCCGUGCGAGAAUAAUCGGUAUGAUUACAGCGACCGGAAGAUGACGCGCUACCAGAAGCGGCGCUACGACGAGAUCAACCACGUCCAGAAGAGCCAUGCCGAGCUGACGGCCACCCAGGCGGCGGCGGAGAAGGAGCACGAAUCUAUCACCAAGAUCAAGUACAUUGACAAGCUGCAGUUCGGCAACUACGAGAUCGACACCUGGUACUUCAGUCCCUUCCCCGAGGAGUUUGGCAAGUCGCGGACGCUGUACGUGUGCGAGUAUUGCCUGAAGUACAUGCGGUACCGCCAGAGCUAUGCCUACCACCUCUACCAGUGCGACCGCCGGCGUCCGCCGGGGAGGGAGAUCUACCGCAAGGGCCAGAUAUCCAUAUUCGAGGUGAACGGGAAGGAGGAGCCGCUCUACUGCCAGCUGCUCUGCCUGAUGGCCAAGCUCUUUCUGGACCACAAGGUUCUGUAUUUCGACAUGGACCCGUUCUACUUUUACAUCCUCUGCGAAACGGACCGUGAGGGCAGCCACAUUGUCGGCUACUUUUCCAAGGAGAAGAAGUCUAUGGACAACUAUAAUGUGGCCUGCAUCCUGGUCCUGCCACCGCAUCAGCGCAAGGGAUUCGGUAAGCUGCUAAUAGCUUUCAGCUACGAGCUGUCCCGCAAGGAGGGCGUCAUCGGUAGCCCGGAGAAGCCACUGUCGGAUCUGGGACGCCUGAGCUACCGCAGCUACUGGGCGUACACGCUGCUGGAGCUGAUGAAGAACCGCUGCUCGCCGGAGCAGACGACAAUCAAGGAGCUGAGCGAGAUGAGCGGCAUCACGCAGGAGGACAUAAUCUAUACGCUGCAAUCGAUGAAGAUGAUCAAGUACUGGAAGGGCCAGAAUGUGAUCUGUGUGACGGCCAAGACCAUCCACGAUCACCUCCAGCAGCCGCAGUUCAAGCAGCCGAAGCUGACCAUCGAUCUGGAUCGGCUGGACUGGAAGCCGCACAGCGCCUAUGUGUCGCGGAUAAUGCCGGGCGUUACCUUCUAGUAUCCGGCGCGGGAUCCGAUCCCGCAGCAGUGUUCCGAAGUUAUAUUGAUCGAGUAAUCCAUUUUUUUUUUCUAGCUUGUAAGCACCUUAAAUUACCUUAACUAGAUGUGCAAAAAAUGCGUAUGUAGAUCAAAUAUCUAUAUAUCCAUCCACUGCAGGAUCCCAUCAGAGAUUUUCAGAGAGCAAUAGUUGAAUAUUCUCAAGAGCUAAAAACACGUUUAUAAUUUAAAUUGAAUACCUUAUUUUUUGUAGCCCCUGAACGCUAAAAUGUUAAUUUCAGCCUAGUCACUAUUGUUCUUUACAAAAAUCAGCAAAAACUAAAAAAAAUAUAUGUACACAUAUGUAUCUUAAAGAUUUCCACUGUGUUGUCUGGAGGUCUGUGGGAAGUUUGCUUUUGUAAAUAUUCCGCAUUUCUGUAUAUUACAAAUUCUUCGUUACAUUAACGUCGUACAUCUCUUUAUAAACAAGUGUAUAUCCCUGGAAAUUGGGAUAUAUAUAUAUAUUUA